UAGAUAUAGAUAGAUAUAUAAGAUACAUAUAGAAGAGCUAUUAGAUAGAGAUAGAGAUAGAUAGAUAAGAUAGAUAGAGAUAUAGAUAUAAGAUAGAUAUGAUAGAUAUAUAAGAGAUAUAAAUGGAUAGAGAUAUAAGAUUGAUAUAUAGAUUGAUAUUAGAUUGAUAUUAGAUAUAAGAUAGAGAGAUAAGAUAAAUAUAGCUACAGAGAUAUAAUAGAUAGAGAUAGAUAUAAGAGAUAAAGAGAUAUUAGAUAGCGAUAGAAGAGAUAGAGAUAGAAGAGACAGACAUAUAUAUAAGAGAUAGAUAUAGAUAGAUAGGAGAUAGAUAGAGAUAAGAGAUAUAAGAUAGAUAGAUAGAUAAAUAGAUAUAGAAAAGCUAUUGGAUAAAUAGAUAGAUAGAUACAUAAAUAGGUAUAGAGAUAUAAGAUAUAUAGAUAUAAGAUAGAUAUAUAGAUAGAUAUAUAAGAUACAUAUAGAAGAGCUAUUAGAUAGAGAUAUAGAUAUAAGAUAGAUAUAGAUAUAGAUAUAAGAUAAAUAUGAUAGAUAGAUAUAUAAGAGAUAUAAAUGGAUAGAGAUAUAAGAUAGAUAGAGAUAGAGAUAAGAUAGAUAUAGACAGAGAUAUAAUAGAGAUAGAUAUAAGAGAUAAAGAGAUAUAAAAUAGAUAGCGAUAGAAGUGAUAGAGAUAUACGAGAUAGACAUAUAUAUAAGAGAUAUAGAUAGAUAUGAGAUAGAUAGAGAUAAGAGAUAUAAGAUAGAUUAGAUAGAUAGAUAGAUAGAUAGAUAGAUAGAUAGAUAGAUAGAUAGAGAUAUGGACUCUAGGACUGAGCGGUUCGAUUGCCUUGCAGUCCAAGGGACUCGCAGGAGUCUUCUCUGGCACCAUCAUUCAAAGGCCUCAAUUCUUUGGUGCUCAAAUAUAUUUAACAUAUACAGGUAUUUAAUAAACAGUGUAUUGUCUGGGUCAUUUUACAUAUACAUAAUCGUAGUAAUAAUAAUAUUCCUUACUUGUAUAUAAUAGUAUUCUUCCAACUUCUAAUUUCUACCUUUAUUAUCUAACCAUUGGUAAAACAAAUCCCAAGUUAAAACAUAUUCUGUUGUGUUUUCCUUCUCCUUUAUCUGUAAUGUUCACCUAUCCAUUUCUGCACAAUCUAAUAUUUUUUUUGAUCCCAUUUUCAUCUGGGAGUUUCCUCAUUUUUUUCCCAACGUUGUGCAAAAACAAUUCUCACUGCCGUCAAAAGAAUGUAGUAUUAAAUAUAAACAAAAAUAUUUCUGGCUUUUAAAUCGAUGAUGUUGCUUUAUCGUUUUCUCUAACGGUGUUAUGUAUUUUCAGUCCAAUUAAAAAAAAAAUUUUUUUUGCCUUUGGGCAGGUCUACCAUGUACAAAAAAAAAUAACAAAAAAAAAAAAAUGGAACGCUUCACGAAUUUUGCGUGUCAUCCUUGUAUGUGUAUGCGUGUGUUUCUUUGACGCUUGCCAAGACACGGGAAGCUGAGAUACAUCCCCUGGCCUUGGGCUGCAAGGUUUAAUGGCAGCCGUGCGCUGGGCAGCUCAACAACAUAACCCUAAUUGCUUUCCUGGAUGAGGAGGGGUGGGGGGGUGAAAAGCAAAGGUAGCUUAGCCUAAACUCUCCACCGCUAGCUGAGCUAGUUAGAACCAGUCUCCUUAUCAAGAUUCGUGGCCUUUGUCACCGGAGCCCAGCCGGCUUAAAGCAGAGAGAAAGUUCCUUGCGAGGGCCUUAUAAAACGAAGCGCCUUGCUUACCGUGCCACAAACAUCGCCGAGGCCUUGAGAACACAGCACCAGACAAGAUGGGCUGCCUAAGUCUGACUUAUCCCUUCGUUUUGCUCGUGGGGUUUCUCCUGGCUGGGCCGGGCCGGGCUCAUCCAGUGACGUGGAGUCCCUCCGGCCAAGAUUUGCAAGUUCUACAGCACCUCCUUGAUCGGCUGCGCGAAAAGAUCCGGCAAGAGGAGGAUCUGGAACGUCCGGACUACGAAGAAGCCGGCGGUGCAAAUGACGAUGGCGAUUAUCCUCCUGACCUCGAAGACGAGGGCGAGAUGAUCCCUUCUCACCUGCCCAAACUUCAAGAUUCCCUCACUCAGGUUCAAUGGAGAAAUUUCCUGGUGGCGUCGAGGAGGUACUUCUCCGGGUGCUUCGGAAUCAGGCUCGAUCGGAUCGGGACCCAGACGGGACUCGGCUGCAAGCCCUACAAACCCCGUCCCUGGAGGAGGCGAAGAAGUUGAAAUUCAUCUUCUUCCUCCAGGAGUAAAUAGAUGACAUGGUCCUUGAUAUGAACUAUUUCAUCAUCUCUUUUACGUUCCCUGCGAAAAGAUCCAUUCCAUUUUCCACACUGUCUAAAUAUUGUAGAGAACUCUUUAACGUCCAAUAUUAAUUCUUCAACCUUCAGUCUUUCAAUAUUCAAGCACGGUUGUUGUCCCUGUCCUGGAGACCCAUUU